CUAGGAUCGGCUCUCCCCCCUCAGUCCGGGGUCGGGGUCCCCAGGAUCGGACAUGGACAGGCGGAGAAGAGCCACCCUGGCGCUGACCCUCAACUUCCUCUCGCUGCUCUUCUCCAUCACCGCAUUCAGCAGCAGCUAUUGGUGUGAGGGGACCCGCAAAGUGCCCAAACCGAUCUGCCGGGGCCCCGCCACAGACAAGCCGACCUUCUGCAUCCGAUUCAACGGCUCCGACACCAACAACAGCAACGCGGUCCAGUACACCUGGGAGACCGGAGACGACAAGUUCAUGGAACGAUAUUUCCACGCCGGGAUCUGGUAUUCGUGCGAAGAGAACGUCAGCGGAGACGGUGAGUGCAACAGCAGAGCGCCAACAUUGUCAGAUCGGCUCUCCCCCCUCAGUCCGGGGUCGGGGUCCCCAGGAUCGGACAUGGACAGGCGGAGAAGAGCCACCCUGGCGCUGACCCUCAACUUCCUCUCGCUGCUCUUCUCCAUCACCGCAUUCAGCAGCAGCUAUUGGUGUGAGGGGACCCGCAAAGUGCCCAAACCGAUCUGCCGGGGCCCCGCCACAGACAAGCCGACCUUCUGCAUCCGAUUCAACGGCUCCGACACCAACAACAGCAACGCGGUCCAGUACACCUGGGAGACCGGAGACGACAAGUUCAUGGAACGAUAUUUCCACGCCGGGAUCUGGUAUUCGUGCGAAGAGAACGUCAGCGGAGACGGUGAAAAUUGCCGAAGCUUCAUCGCGCUCACCCCCCCUGCAGACCGAGGAGUUCUGUGGCUCUCCAUUGUGGCCGAGGUCUUGUACAUCACAUUACUCCUCACAGGAGUGAGCCUCAUGUCCAUUGAAGUCUGUUAUUACACGUCAGUGAUUGACGGCCUCAAGCUCAACGCCUUUGCCGCCAUCUUUACCGUAUUGUCAGGGUUGCUCGGGAUGGUCGCCCACAUGAUGUACACAACCGUCUUCCAGAUGACCGUCAAUCUGGGUCCUGAAGACUGGAGACCCCAGACCUGGGACUACGGCUGGUCAUACUGCCUGGCGUGGGGCUCAUUCACAUGCUGUAUGGCCGCCUCCGUGACAACCAUCAACAGAUACACCAAGACCAUCCUGGAGUUCAAACAGAGGCGGAGGAACCUGGAGCGGAAUCUCCAGAACAAGCCGAAAUCCCCGGAGCAGGACGGCUCCCGGCCCGUGUGGGACGUCUACCUCAGCACCAUACAGGGGGGCGACCGGGAGGACUUUGUGGAUUUACCAAUCAGCGCUCACAACCCCUCAGCGUGCGGGAACUCCGCCCACUUCCCCUACAGACAGUGCGACGAAUAUUGCUAG